ACUAUUUUUAAACAUGAAUAGCGCGAUUGACAGAUUAUUGAGGUUAGAAGUUUUUAUACUUUUUACCAUUUCAGUAUGAAAAUAGCUUGUUAAUAUUAUGCUUUAGUGUGAGGGAUAAAUCGUUGAUAACUAAUUAUUGAACAUCUAUAAUCUAUCAUUAUUAUAGAAAAGUUAUUACAGAUCUAUUUAGAAAAUGAAAAAUUAAUUGAAAUCUGCAUGAAACGUAUAUUUGAUAGCUUAAUAGAUUUGACAGAACGUCACUGCACUUUUGCAUCUAGCUUCAUGCUAUUGGCGAAAAGUAUAAUCAUUUGAAUCAAACUAAAUAUGAGUGCCAUUUAAAAUUAUUUCAUUGCGAAUAUAAACUAAAACGUUAUUAUAUAGAAGGAUACACAAUUACAUUAAAGGAUACUUUACAAUGAAUAAAAUUCAGUUAAAUUCACUUUGCCGAGUAUGUCUUUGUAAAAAUUCCGAAAUGUUUCCUCUAAAUUACACUUUUAAGGAAGCAACAGAAUCUGUAAGCAAUGAAAAUGAAGAUGAUAAUAUAGUAAUUCAACAUGCCUUGUCAGCUUUAUUUAACUAUAAGGAGACUAAUAGUGAAAAAUUCCCACAACAAAUAUGUUCCAUGUGCUUAGGUAUUCUGAAAAUAGCUUAUGAUUUCAAAAUACUCUUUGAAGAAUCUCAUCAAAUUAUUUUACAAUAUAAAGGACAGCAUAUUGCACCAAAAGAUUGUGCCAAUACAACUAGUUCUGUAGAACUUAUUGUAGGUACAAACAAAUAUGAUUUAAAAGAUUUAGUUAUUGUGGAACCAGAAGAUUGUCGUGAAGGAUAUGAUUUUGGAGGGUUCUUAAGAAAUUUAGGGACACAAGUUACAGCAACAUUUUCCGAAAGUUAUAAAAAAUCCGGCUCUACAGUAAAGGAAAUAGUUAGAGAAAAUUAUGUUGAAAGUUAUAAAAAAUCCGGCUCUUCAGUAGAGAAAAUAGUCGGAGAAAAUUGUGUUGAAAGUGAUAAAAAAUCCGGCUCUUCAGUUGACAAAAUAGUUGGAGAAAAUUGUGUUGAAAGUUAUGAAAAAUCCAGCUCUUCAGUAGAGAAAAUAGUUGGAGAAAAUUGUGUUGAAAGUUAUAAAAAAUCCGGCUCUUCAAUAGAGAAAAUAGUUGAAGAAAAUUCUGUUGAAAGUGAAGAAGAGCAAGAUGAUGAUGAGUACAUUGUUAUUGAAAGUGAUAAAAUUAAUGAUACAAUAAUUCAUGUUAUUGAUGAUGACAAUGAAAAAAAUAUGGAUACUUCACAGAAAAGUGAUAAUUGUGAUGAGUUGAUUAUAUCUGCUAUGAACUUAAGAUAUGAAUGUAGUGUAUGUCAAAAACUGUAUCGUUCAAAAGCUAGGUUCGAGAAACAUAUCGUUACUUGUGACCAGACUUCAAUACCAAAUUUACAAUGCCAACGAUGUUCAAAAUUUUUCAGUUGUUCAAAAAGUUUAAAAAACCAUUUAAAAUUGCAUGAUAACAAACAGAACAUUUCAUGUGACUUUUGUGAACAAAAAUUCAAUACCAGUAGCUCCCUCAAGUACCACCAAGUAACCAAGCAUAGUGAAACGAGUUACGUAUGUCAAGUUUGCGGGAAAAAGUUCGCUAUUGCUACUACCCUUAACGCGCACAUGCAAGUCCACAAUAAAAAUAAAACACAAUGUAUUUGUCCUGUAUGUGGAAAGACUUUCCACUACAAAGGUGGACUCUUUUAUCACAUGAAGCAACACACCAACGAAAGAAAGUAUCAUUGUGAUUAUUGUGAAAAAACCUUUUAUACGCUAACCGCUAAAAAACGACAUACUUUAACUCAUACAGGAGCGCGCCCUUUUCAAUGCCAGUUUUGUCAAAAGAGGUUUUUUUCUACGGGGGAAAUGAAGAAACAUGAAUAUAUUCACGCAGGGGUUUUGCCUUAUAAGUGUAAAUACUGUAGUAAAGGUUUUAGAUCCAAUUUUAAUAUGAAAGUGCAUUGGUUUAAUCAUACAGGAAGUUCGGUUUGUGAAUAUUGUUACAGAGGAUUUAUUUCUAAAGAAGUUUUGUUAUUCCAUUAUAGAGUUAAACAUAAAAAUUUAAUUCAAAAGAAAAAAGAUACAUGAGUGAUUAAUACAAGUUGUGGUUAGUUUUA